GGGCACCCAGAGGAAAUCCCCCGAGGGUGCUCCGCGUCACUGCACCAGGUUGCCUAGCACCACUGGGACAGGGGAGGGGAAGCCGGAGAGCGAGAGAGGCAGAGUUUGCAAGUGUUGUUAUUCCCCACACACCCCCUUUGACACAUUGGCCGGUUGGAGAGCCAGACGGUGCUGCAGAACCUCACCGAGGAGAAGGAAGAGAGGAGGCAAAGCGCGAGCAGCGAUGGAUUUGGAGGCCGGUGAGCUGGAGCUCCAUUUGGUGCAGGAUGUCCAGCUGACCAAGUGCAUGCGGCUGCGGGUGCAGAGCCUCCAGCAGAAGAAUGAGAAGCCUCAGGACGGCGAGAAGCUCCUGCAGGCCAACGAGUUUGUCUACCGGGUGGACUUCUCUCGCCAGCACGGCCUCCGCUUCCUGCGCUGGGACGUCGCGCUGCAGAAACCAGGGAAGGUGACCAUCAUCGGCACCUCCCAGCACUGGACCCCGGACCUCACCAACCUCAUGCGGAGGCAGCUGCUGGAGCCGGUGGGGGUCUUCUGGAAGAAGCCAGGCUCCCAGGAGUUGGAGUGGAACGAGGCCGAUGCCCUGGAAUUCGGGGAGAGGCUGGUGGAGUUAGCCAGGAUCCGGAAGGUGAUGUACUUUCUCCUGGCUUACACCGACGGUCUCGAACCGGCCCAUCUCAAGUGCUCGGUGGUGUUCAAAGCCUGACCCAUCCUGGCCUCCUGGCCUGUCUCGCCCGCAGCUGCUUAAGGUUUCCUGUUUCCAUCUCCUCCUCUUGGCUCUGUGGCUCUUGUUUGUUUGAAGCCAGAAAAGACAGCACUGCUGAAAGGCACAGUUGAUUUCCUCCUCCUCCUCAGGCGCCUGCUCAGUUCCAGGACCAGCUCCGAUGACUGCAAAAGUUCCUUUAUCUUGCAGGACCGGCAAGCCUGGUUAUUUUAUUUUAUUUUAUUGCUUCUGUAAUGUAGAAGACCAGACUUGCACAUGAGCAGCUUUUGACACUCUUACAUGACAUGUCCUGCAGAAUUCAGAGAAACAGCAAGUGAUGCAGCUUAUGUGGCAAAGUUUCCUGCUGAGAGGGGAGAUGUGUCCCCCUCACCCCACCCUGACCACUGACUCAAAAAAAUCCUUAUAAUCCUGAUACAAAAGGCCCCAAGACAAUCUCAGAAGCCUACACAGCAAGGUUGGAUUCAGUGACCAAGAGCACCCGGAGUGGCUGACACCCUCUCUCCCAGAGCCUGGGAACCUGCACAGCUCUGAAUGCCCUCCUGAGUCUGGAGUAUAUCUGCCAUAAUGGAAUCCAGGACCCCAUGUGGGACCCUGAGGAUUUUAAUUUUCUUUUGCCUCUUUCAAAGCAAGCCUCUAGUCCUCAUGUGUGCUGGGAGAAAAGUGGGGGGAAAUAGCUUGAUUCUAGGGAUCAGGACCUAUUGGCUCUGUUACCUGUGUUCCCCAUAUCCACAUCCUUCAAGAGUACCAUUUUCAAUGCUGCCACCACUCAAUUAGAGCACUUCCAUCACACAAAGUGUUACAAAUAUAUGCCCCAACACUGCUUAGCAUCCUUGUGAAGUAGAUACCAUUUCACAAAUUAGGAACUGAGGCUCAAGGAGAACAACCUGGUCUCCCGGUGAAUCUGUGGCUGGGGUUGGAUUUGAACGCAGCUCUCCCAGGAUUAAGUCCAUCCUCCAAAUCAUAUCAGCGCUGUUUUCCCUCUCUUGUAUCAAGGAGAAUAAAUUCUUCGCUGCUUUUGGAAAACAAAAGAACUUUUCCCAGUUGUACAAGGUGUAUAAAAAUUCUAUAGAUGUAAAGCUAUUUUAAAAAAUAUAUUUAUUUAUAAAUUGGAGCCAUUGAGACUUAAUGGAUUUUAUUUUUCUUGCUGAACCUGCUGGAGGAAGAACCAAAGUCUGCUGCUUAAA